AUGCCGGAGAAGCCUCCCCUGCCACGCCGCCGCGCGACGGCGGCGGGGAGCUGGGUCCGGUCACUCCACUGCAAGUCCAUGGCGGCCGACGACGUGGCCGCCAGGGUCGCGGUGGCGCCCAAGAAGCUCCACCACCCGCUCCUCCCGCGCGCUGGGUGCGGGAGCUCCGGGGACGCCCUCAGCCACGUCGCCCCGUCGAAGCCCGCCGGCAGGCCGAGGCCGAAGCCGGGGUCGUCGAAGCCGAGUCCCGAGCCGGGCAAGAAGACCAAGCCGAAGCCGGCCUCCGUGGUGGUGCCGCCGUCGCCGCCCCCGGGUCCUCUCGGCCCGGUCCCGGCGCUGACCGAGCUCCCCGCGGGGCACUCGUCGCGGCAGGUGGUGGAGAUCAUCUUCCUCUCCUCGUGGUCUCCGCUUCCGGUCCCAGUUCCGCAGCCGCUGCCGCCGCCUCAGCCGGGAGCGCCCACCACCAGCAGUAGCGGCAGCGGCAGCGGCGCGUUCCCGGGCGUGGUGGAGAUGCUGUUCCGCGUGCACAACCCGGCGCGCGCCGUGACGCGCUUCGAGGACUACCGCGCCGCGGUGCGCGCCCGGGCCGGAGGGGCCGCGCGCAGCGCCGCGGACGGGAACGAGAUGAUGCGCUUCUCCCCUGCGCCGCCGUACGGCUCGUCGCCCUCCGCCUCCACACCGAGCGGCGGCGGCGGUGGCGAGGACGCCCCGCGCAUCCGGACCUUCGACGGCAGCGGCGGCGCGCACGCCGCCGGCGGCCGCGGUCCCGCGACCGGGCGGCGGGCCAUGUUCCUGUGCAGGGUCAUCGCGGGCCGCGUGGCGGAGGCCGGGGCGGGUUCCAAGCCCAAGGAGCACUUCGACUCCGUCCGGGUGGGCAAGGGCGGCGAGCUGGUGGUGUUCGACCGCCACGCCGUGCUCCCGUGCUUCCUCAUCAUCUACAGGCUGUAA